ACACACACACACUGUUUGUCACUGAUGGCCCAGGUGAGUGGUAAACCUGGUUGGCUCUCRUCCCCACCGCCUCCGCACUCCACCCUGACCUUAGACUGGAGAAGAGAUGUCGCUCUGUACCUCUGAUAGCAUGGACUGGCUUAAUGUUUAGCCUAGGGUCUAAACACACACACACAUAGACACAAAGAGGCAGACCGGGAAGCAGUAUAAAAGGCAAAGUAACCACAGAGACAUACACGGCUCAGGGAUGGCGUCAGGAACACUACACGUAAGGAGGGUACUAGGCGGUAAAACUUUGGAGGCUGGUGAUGACGAGGAGGCCCCACCAGAGCCACCAGAGCGGGUGACCCAUCAUCCCCUGUCCCCUCUGGCCCGCCUCUAUGUCUACGCCCUGCACGGCUGCCUGUGUGAGGUGGGCUUCACCGCUGUAUGGGACUGGUGGGAGACCAAGGACAGGAGGCUGGCAGGACACACCAGCCUUUGGGCCCUCCCCAUGUAUGCCUUGGCCAUCUUCCUCAUGGAGGGCCUGCGUGGCAGGCUUUUGGCCCAGCGCUGCCCCCUGCUGCUGCGCAUGCUGGUCUACACCCUGUUCAUCUACUUGUGGGAGUUUAGCUGGGGUGUGGUGCUGAGGUUUCUAGGAGCCUGUCCAUGGGACUACUCUGGGUUUAGCUAUAACCUGGCAGGGCUGGUGACUCUUGAGUACGCCCUGCCCUGGGCCCUGGCCUCACUAAUAGCAGAGCAGCAUGUCAUCAGAAAAACUCUGAGAGUACGACUGGCUAACUGAUGACUCUCUGUAGAGGAUUACCAAGUCAUACAGUCUCACCUACAUCCUAUUAUAUACACAGCAUACUUAAGCAAUAAGUCCCGAGGGGCUGUGGUAUAUGGCCGUUCUUUAGCAUGACGCAACGUGGAGUGCCUGGGAACAGCCCUUAGCGGUGGUAUGUAUACUGUAUUGGCCAUAUAUCACAAACCCCCGAGUUGCCUUAUUGCUAUUAUAAACUGGUUAACAAUGUAAUUAGAGCAUUAAAAAU